AUGGCGUAUCGUACACUGCGCGAUGUAGCUGCUGCGCUGCAUUGUGCAAGGGACGGCGGCAAGCUUUCGCUGAAAAUUUGGCAGCUUGCCAAGCCGCGGCAUUUGGCUGUGCUCUUCCAGCUCCAUGCGCCCGAAGGUGGCCCGGCCGCACUACAGCACCACCGAGAGCUACAGUCAAAGAUGCGCAGUGCGGAUGCGCUGCGAGAUAUUGUUCUCCUUUUGCAAUGGUGUGCCAUUGCCGGCAUUCGCGAGUUGACCAUUUUUGACACGGGCGGUAUCUUGCGGGAUGCAAUCGUGCAUGGAAAUGUUUACACAGAGUGGCCGCUAGUGGAUGGUGACGACAAAUUGUCGGCCUGCUAUUCCACCGUACAAGUACAUGCGGGUGGCAUCGAUCCGCCCGCACCGAAGACGCUAAAGCUGCGUCUUCCCAUUGAUCAACUUGCGAUGCACGCCUCGUCCUUUCCUCCCAAACACAUUUUGUUUACGCGGCUGAAUCUGCUGAGCGCUGCGGAUGAUAAGCAAGUCGCUUUAAACGUGCUCAACAAAGCACGGCCAGCGCCCUUGAUGCCAGCAGCACUGCAGGCGCAGAUUCUGGCAUCUGCGACCUUGUCCUGCCUUCCUGAUAUGCUCCUCGUGUGCGGAUCGGAUUCCGAGACGCUUAUCCUUCACGGAUUUCCAUAUUGGGCUCUUCGCACCGUCGAAAUGCGCUGCAUUUCGAGCUGGCGCUGGCUGGGGCGCAUGACACCAACGCACUUUUACGAUACCCUCGUUCAAUAUACAGACGCUGAACAAAGAUUUGGUACCUAG